AUGACCAUUGAUGAGGACGUGCAUGCAAUUUCCCCGUACUUCGAGGUCAGGCAAACUGCGUGGGGUGGUAGGGCUUGUUUUAGUAACGGUAAUAUUCCUAAGGGAACAACAGUCUUGAAAGUUGCUAAUUCUACAGGAAUAUCCAUUUCCUAUGAAUUCAGAAAGGAAGUUUGUCACAAUUGCUUCGCAUAUGAUAAUGCGAGAACCAUGAAGUACAAACUUAAUUAUGAUUGCGUCAAAAAUUUGAUCCCGCCUGAUGCAAAUUGCAAGAUCAACCCCAAAAAAUUUCUAGGCGCCGGACUAUGGUUCUGUUCAGAAUAUUGCAGGAGCUCUUAUCUUCAAAAACCGAAUAUUAUUGAACUAGUUGAAUGCUAUGAACUAUUGUUGUGCCAUUUUCCAAAUAUGCUAAAAAGAUAUAAUACUGACAUCGAGCAGGAGAAUAAACUGAACUCCAUCUCAAUUUCUGAAAGCAUCAUACAAUCUGCAUGGGAUGAAAUUGAAAGUAAUUGGAUACCGCGUAUCGACCACAUGAAACCAACCAAGAAAGUAAGCCAAUUACCAGCCAUUUCAGAAGAUGAGUAUUGCUGCAUAAGGUUUGUAUGUGAAAGUUUGUUCAAUCUGAAACACAUGGAGCGUCAGUGUAUAACAUAUCGAGCCUUUAACAUGCUACAAUCAAAUGAGCUUAGUAAAAUAUCAAAAUUUCCUGUCUUACUACACUUCCAAAAAUUAGUGUUCCAAACACUCUACAUUCUGUUGCCUUCACAUACGGGUAAAAUGCUCACCAUACCAUUGUUGAGACACAUCUUGGGCACAGAAUACGGGAAUGCAUUCGGUCUGUGGCAAGAAGGUGAAGCUGCUGAGAGCAGGGAGUAUUUUGGAUACUGGGUAUUCCCAGAGGCCUCCUACUUCAACCACUCUUGUACUCCUAAUGUGACGAAAUAUCGUAAGGGUAAUAUAAUGCUGUUCAAUGUAAAUACAGACAUCAAGAAGAACGAGCAGAUUUGCAUAGAUUAUUCCGGAGUAUUGGAACUGCCAACUGUAAAACGUCGGAAGUUUUUGGCCGACAGCUGGUUCUUUGAUUGUGCUUGUGAAAGAUGUAAGUCAGAAUUGCAGCCUGUCCAUUAA